GACGGACCGCGCUGUAUACAUGCCCGUGAAGUCGUCCUCUGUCGAUGUUUUUGCUGUUUAACGUCUUCAGGGGGUUGAUUUGUCGAGCGAUUUGAACAAUAUCUGAUUUUUUUUAUGUAACUGUUGAUCUCCUGGAUAAACGAUGACAUCCAGAGGGACACCGAGUCGCUUUCUUCAAAGCGUUCUUCAGAACGGUGUCGGUCGGUACGUCUGCCAGCUGAAACGGAUCUCCAUCAUCUUCUCCAAAAAUGCUCAGAGCUCGUUGGGAGUCAGGGAGUUUAUUGAGGAGGGGGUGGUGGAUUACGCCAAGAAGAACCCUUCAACGGUCACGUAUGUGUCUCCUCAGUCAUGCAGGAUACCCAAAAUAGUUGCAGAAUACCUAAACGGCACAGUGAGGGAAGAAAUUAUCACAGGCAAAACAGCUCCGCAGAUUUCAGAGCUCUUUACUAAGCUGACCAACCAGUCUGGCCUGGACAUCAUCCGCAUCCGCAAGCCCUUCCACACAGACAACCCCAGCAUCCAGGGCCAGUGGCACCCAUUCACCAACCGGCCCCCGUCGAUCGGCCCCAUCAGACCACAGAAACAGGAUGCUGAAUGAGGACUUACCAAAGUCAAAAAGUUUGGAUGUUUCCAGAAAAUUAUUAAUUUCAUUUACUCUGCAAGAUAUGUUCUUUUUUUUUAAGUGUCUGCAAUCUAAAUUAAAUCACAGGUCAAGAAGUUCUCAUGUUUGCAGCAACUUUCCCAUCUGUUUGUUGGAUAAUUCUGACCCCACUAUUGACUGAAUGUGUUUUGUGGAGUAAAGUGCACACAGCACCAGCUCUGAAUGCCACAUUUGAAUAGACUUACCAUGAAUCCACUAGAGGCUUGUCAGCUGACGUAUUUAAAAGCAGAUAACUGUUUUUAAUCUCAAGGUUGUUUGAUCAUUCGUGUAAUAAGUGCAGCACUUUGGAGAAAAUGGAACUUUGUACGGAAUAAAAAAAGAAUAUUUUUUUGCAGCUGGCAUUGGUGUUUAAAUUUAGAUUCUCUUUUUAUUUGUAUUUGAACAGCUUGUCAGAAGAAGACCAACAGAGCAAAACUGAUUGCAGCUGUGCUGUCUGCAUCGUUAAGUGUGAUUGAUUUAACUGCAGUUAAAAUACUUCACAGACGAGACACAUCAGAUGUACACCUUUUUUAUUUGUAAGACACGGGGAAUGUACAUGUUUUUACAGUUUAACACUGAGGUUUGAGGGUUUCCUCGCUGCACAACCUUAAAUGAUCCAGAGCUUAAGUGAACAUGACAGAUGGUUGUGUGGCAGCUCGAGGGACGAGCCUUAACCUUCAGGACAGAGCUGCACUCUGUAGCGGCUGUAAGAGGAACCGAAGACUAACACUCCUCCAGAGAGUAAUUUGUUCGAAUUCAGUAAAGCAAAUGUUGGCGAAACUUGCUUUCUUUGCAGUUCUCACCCUGAAUUCAACAUUUUUGACUGCAAAAGGCAUGACCCUGCUUCUGUUUGACCUCAGUGUUCUUCUCCACAGAAACACAUCCAUACCACUCUAGUCAUCAGAUGAAUACAAAUAAGCAGACUUGUAUGGAGGGAAAGUGAAAGGUGCCCCCUGGACAGAUUGCUUGUUUCGGUUGAUUGAUGGAUACUACUCGUAUAUGUAACUGUGGUCACAGGAAAUGUUCAGGCUAAAUGUGAAAAUGGCUGUAGACUUGGAGCAUGAGAUGACUGCAGAGGAUGGCGAUGAGCGAGAGACAGUGGACCCGAGCUCUGCAGCUGGACUCUGCUCAUUUUCUCCCAAAUAUCCAGACUUGAGUGGUACUUCUGAUAAGAAUGCGUACACCUUCUCCCUUUAAAUUACCCUCAUUCAUAUACAUAAGCUGUUGCAGCCAAGAAAAGUGACAAAAAUUAAAUGACCUCUAAACCAAAUGUAAAUAAAAUCAACCUGUACAUUCAGAGGGGACAGUGUGGUUGCUUUAGCUGUUU